AUGCGGUUAACUAAAGAACAACUGAACACUCUUCAAAAUGACCCCGAUUGUGUUCGAAAUAUAUGUAUAGUUGCUCAUGUGGACCAUGGUAAGACUUCUUUAAGCGAUAGUCUCUUAGCGACAAAUGGCAUAAUCUCACACAAAAUGGCGGGCAAGAUUAGAUACUUGGACUCAAGGGAGGAUGAGCAGUUACGGGGCAUAACAAUGGAGAGUAGCGCUGUUUCGCUGUAUUUUAGGGUGAUACACAGAAAUGAGGGUGAUUCUGAUAGUGAUAUCACAGUCAAUGAACAUCUUAUUAAUUUAAUUGAUUCUCCAGGUCAUGUUGACUUUAGCUCAGAAGUUAGUACAGCUUCGAGAUUAUGUGAUGGGGCAGUUGUAUUAGUCGACGUCGUGGAAGGAGUUUGUUCUCAGACAAUUAGUGUGCUACGACAAGUUUGGUCAGACAAGUUGAAAGCUAUUCUUGUAUUGAACAAAGUUGAUCGUUUAAUCACCGAACUGAAAUUGUCUCCACAAGAGGCUUACACUCACUUAAGUAAAGUCAUUGAGCAGGUGAAUUCAGUAAUCGGGUCUUUUUUUGCUGGAGAGAGAAUGCAACAAGAUUUUUUAUGGAGAGAAAAGAUUGCCAACAGUUCUGGAGAACUGUUUGCUGAGAAAGAUGAUAAGGAUAUUUAUUUUGCCCCAGAAACCAAUAACGUAAUUUUUGCAAGUGCAAUGGAUGGCUGGGGAUUUUCUAUUUCUCAAAUAGCCGGAUUUUUUGGUAGAAAACUGGGAAUGAAGAGAGAAAAACUACAAAAGGUUAUCUGGGGUGAUUUUUGUUUGGACCCGAAAAGUAAAAAAAUUACCACUCAGAAGAACAAACACGAGAAACGCCUUAAACCUAUAUUUGUGUCUUUGGUUCUGGACAAUAUUUGGUCAGUAUAUGAGCACUGUUUGGAAACAAGGGACCAAGCGAAACUUGAAAAAAUUGUUAAGGCAUUAGAGGUCAAAGUAGGUCCACGGGAUUUUAAAGCCAAGGAUUCUAGAGCUUUGCUAAGAACAAUACUUUCACAAUGGUUACCUGUAUCAUCUGCUGUUUUAUUGACUGUUAUUCAGAAGGUUCCCUCACCCGUUGAAGCUCAGAAUAAGAGAAUGCCAUCACUUUUGUCAACUACCCCCCAUUCGGAGUUAAUCGAUGCUGCCUUGAGCAAUGAUAUCAUAUCGUGCAAUAGAGAAGGAUUGGUGUGUGCAUAUGUUUCUAAAAUGCUCAGUAUUCCUAUUGCUGAGCUGGGUAGAAAUCAAGUAGUUCAAUUGUCCGAGGAAGAACAGCAGAUACGUGGAAGGCAAGCCAGAGAAAAGGCACUAAAGAUGGCAGAACGGGCUAGACUACUUGAAAUUGCUGCAAACGGGAAGGAAAUGUCUAACUCACCCUUGAGCAUGUCUGACGUUGAAUUGACCGAAAUUGCUGGCGACGAUGUUAGCCUGCAAUGGGGCAAUGGAGAAGAAAGUACUGAGGAUAUAAUUGUUGAUCUACCAAAGGAAGAGUUGCUUGGAUUUGCCAGAGUCUACAGCGGUACUUUGAAAGUAGGAGAAACACUUUCUGUUCUUGGCCCAAAAUUCUCUCCCAAAUAUCCAUCAUUGCAUGUUUCCGAAGUUCACAUAUCUGAUUUGUAUCUUAUAAUGGGCCGGGAUUUCGUUGCAAUAGACGAAGCGCCUGCUGGUAACAUUGUCGCUAUUGGUGGAUUGAUGGGCAAAGUUCUGAAAAGUGGCACAGUGGUAACGCCCAAUAUUACCGGAACCAAUCUGGCUGGAUUCAGGUCAUCUGCACUGCCAAUAGUCCGGGUUGCCGUUGAACCUGUAAACCCCGUUCAAAUGCAUUAUCUUGAAAAGGGCUUGGAAAUGUUAAAUCAGGCAGAUCCUUGUGUGCGAACAUAUCUUCAAGACACCGGAGAGCACAUAUUAGCUACUGCAGGUGAGCUACAUCUGGAAAGAUGUCUCAAAGAUUUGAAAGAGAGGUUUGCAGGCAUUGAAAUUCAGGUAUCAGAGCCUGCAAUCCCUUAUCGAGAAACCAUAAAAAACACGAACCACAUGAACCCACCUAAGAAUGGUACCUUAGGUAGAGGCUCCCGAGUUUUGAGACUCUCUCAUUUUGAAAUAACUCUUACUGUGAAACCUUUGCCAGUGCAAGUGGCUCAAUUCUUAAUAUCCAACAUUAAUUCGAUUUCAAAGAUCAUAAAUCAGAGAACCGACUUUUUUACUGAUGAGGAAGUCAAUGAUAUGAUAGAUGUUCAAAUUAACCAGAGUACGGUUUUAUCUACUGAGUCUUUCAAGGGCCAUUUAGCUAAUCUUUUGCAAGAAUUGGGAAAUAAAUCAAUACAGUCGAAUGCUAGUUCGGAUUUUGUUGACCGAAUCGUUUGUUUUGGUCCGAAGGGAAGGGGCCCUAAUAUUUUCAUGGAUAACACUAAUGGAAGCCUCAAAUCAAUGUUCAAGACAUCUCAAGGUAGCUACUUCGAGUUUCAAGAAUCUCUGUUUAAUGGUUUUCAGCUUGCAACAUCUGAAGGUCCACUAGCCGCAGAGCCUGUUCAAGGAAUUCUGGUCUCUUUGGAUGAAAUCAGGUACCUGAAUACCACCAGUAAAGAGGAACUCGACUUAACAGGCCGUUUGUUGACCUCUACCAGAGAUUGUAUACAUGAAGGAUUUCUUGAUUGGUCACCACGCAUUAUGCUUGCCAUGUACUCUUGUGAAAUCCAAGCUUCAGUUGAAGUUUUAGGUAAAGUGUACGCUGUUGUUCAACAGCGAAGAGGACGCAUAGUUUCUGAAGAGAUGAAAGAGGGCACGUCUUUUUUCACAAUUAAGGCUCAAGUUCCAUUGGUGGAAGCCUUUGGCUUUAGUGAGGAUAUAAGAAAAAAGACCUCUGGAGCAGCUUCACCACAGCUAGUUUUCUCAGGGUUCGAGAUAGUUGAUAUCGAUCCCUUUUGGGUUCCCACAACCGAAGACGAACUAGAAGAGCUUGGAGAAUUUUCAAGUAGAGAGAACAUUGCAAGAAAGUACAUGAAUGAUAUCAGAAGAAAAAAAGGCCUCUUUGUGGAUGAAAAAGUGGUACAGAAGGCUGAGAAGCAACGAAAUAUGAAGAAAGAUUAA